AUGUUUCACGUCGAAGUCUUUCCUGCCGGAGCCGGACAUGGUGCCGAGGCGGGCGGAGGACGCGGGCUGAGGCGGGACUCACGGCGGCCGGGCAGGGCCGGGCGGCGGCGGCGGCUGCUCCGGGCAGCGCUGCAGGGCGAGGGCUGGCAGCCGGCUGCUGGAGGGAAAUGCGCGCACACACCAGUGCGGAGAGAGAGGGAGGAUGGAUGGAUGGAGCGAUGCACAGAGCCGAGAGGAGUGCCUCUCGCCAAGCUGCCCCCUCCCUUCUAUGUGACGCAGAUGUGCUCUGGGGCUAUCAGUGUGAAGAGACACAGGGAAAGGGAUGCUUCAGUCAUCCUCAUGCAAAGAAAGUUUUUGGGCUUGCUGACCAUAUAUGGGACAUACUCUAUGGCCUCUAGUUCCUCUGCAGUAGUGAACUUCAAUCAGGUCCUUCAGAUCCCUGGAUUUUGGACAUCAGGACUGUUGUGGUUUUGCCAUUUUUUGUUAUCAGUAUUCCACAACAGAACAUCAUGUGAACCAGUGGGAGUUAAGGAGUUUAUGUUUUGGUUCCGUUUACUGCCUUUUAUGGGCACUUCGAGUAUGGGAAGGGGAGGAUCUGGCGGCAAGAGGAAGUGGGGCAGAGCUCCGGACAGGGCCCGAGCAUCUGCCUAUUUCCCUCUGGCCCAGUCUCAGCUGUCUCUGCUCAGCGUGGAGAAAAGCACGUGCUUUCCCUCGCACCAUCGUGGUUUGACUCACGUUUUGGAUACUCUUGUCUCUUUCGUUUUGUUUGAUUUAGUUAAAUAAAGGAAAUUACCGCUCCUCCUCAAAAUCGUUGCCAUUGUAUUUUCUCUUUGUUAAAACUAUCUGCUGGCUCUCUGCCCUUCCCCCUCUCCCGGAGCACAGUCGGCCCAGGG